CUCAGUUGUUGCUCGCGUACGGUACGGACUAUCACCACUCCGAUCAUUCCAAAUGCCGAGCAAUCUUGAUGAAAAGACAGAGAUCAAACGUCAUCGAGAAUCCCUUUGUCAAACCAGAAAACCAGUCUUGGGAGAUCUCGCCCCCAGCCUCGCUCACUAGAACCAUUUCGCCUCCGCCAACCAAUCCUCGCCGACUAAGUAAGCCUCCAUCUAAUUCGGUUCGCAGCAAGUCGGAUGCUGCAGCAGUCGAGGCAGGCGAGGUCGAGAUCGAAGACCAUGUCGCAUUCUUCUCAUCCAAACUUCUGGCGGCGCAGCGGCCUCUCGUCCGUGGUCAACCUCGAUUGUCACAUCAGAAAUGGCUAGACCUGUAUCAGAGAAACCUGAGUGACAGGGGCCAUCAUUUUGUCGUCCAUCAACAUGAUCAUCCCAUCGCCGGCACUCACUAUGAUCUCCGACUGCAAUGCAAUGCGACAAGCUCCAUCAGCUUUGCCAUCAUGUAUGGUUUACCGGGAGAUCCCAACAGCAGGAAAUUGAAUCGUAAUGCGACGGAAACCAGGGUACACAAUCUAUGGGUAGGUGCUAGUUUCCAAAAACAUAACAUGCCCCCAACAGAAUCAUCCAUCUCACCACGCACUGAACAGAACCAUUUGAUCGAGACAGCCUCUUACGAAACAGGAACGAUGCUGCUGUGGGACACGGGAGAGUACGAAAUCCUGCCCCUGCCAGAGGCCAACACCGCAAUCAGUGACUCUGGAUCAGAGUCCAUGUCCGAGCCUGACUGGCCACGCGACCGCGAAUCUGAGCCGACAAAGUUGCAUCGUGCCUUUCAGAAUCGUAAGAUCAGGCUCCGUCUACAUGGAUCUCGAUUACCGAGAACCUAUACACUCAAUCUACGUUUGACACGUGAAAACAACCGACUAGUCCAGCCCGACCCACCAGCGUACAAGCGUCGAAGGAAAUCUCGGCCAGCUAUCAAUGCGGCUGAUCGUCGGGACCACCACGUUGAAACGUCAGACUCGGAUACAGAAAGGUCGCCUUCGGAACCAAGCCGAGCAUCGACGCACGAUCAAUCAAGUCAGAGUUCACUCGAGAAGACCUUGACCAACAAGCAGAGACACGCCCCCAAGUUCAAACGUAAUGUCUCGUCGCUAUUACGCAAAGCGUCUUCCCCUCCGCCUUUCUCGUCGCGCAGACCUGCUGUUCUCGACCGUCUGCCUUCCUCGUCCACCACUACUGGGCCUCCUGGGGUACAGGCGGCAUCAGGACUUUUUGACAAAGACGGCGAAGAGACAAGGAUGAGUUCGUUCGUAGCAGAAGUACACCACCAACCGGACGACGUGACCAAAUCAUUCUCAAAGGCCAAGGAAGACGAAGACAAUCUUAUCCGCCUGAACAACGCCUACCCGGGCGCCACGAACAGCAUCAACUCCAUCCACCAGCGGAGAUGGUACCUGUCCCUCGACCGCGUCCGCCCGACCAACCGUAUCGAAUUCGGCCGGCGCGUCUGGGAAAGACCCCGGAACACCACCGACGACAUCGACGGCGGGGAACUAGGCGGCUUCGCUCCGUUCUACGUCCGCGGUCGAGACGUGGAAACUAGUGUCCUGACUGGACGCUUGGCCAAGGAUGUCGCCAGCGACGAGGGGCUGGUCGGGUAUAAACCUAGAGGCGGAUGGAGGGCCGUGACUGAUUGAUUUAGAGAACAGCGGUCCAUGGAGAUAGACUAGCCCAAUAUUUUCUCUUGCUGAUCCAAGACAGAGCACUCGUAGAGAACGACUGAGACAAAAAGUAGAACUAUAGUUUUGGCUUUUAAGCAGCAAUUUUGCUCGGAUCUCGGAUCAAGUAUUGGAUGUAUGUUGUGGACUAUCUAUUUUUUUUCUAUACUCGAGUGCCCCCAUCGUCC